AUGUCGCUCAUCUCUCCGCUAUCACGCAUCCCGGAGCCGGGCUCAGGCCUCGUCAAGGAGAAAUAUACCGUUACAUCUGGCACGAAGGCGAAUCCCGUCGAAAUCGACCUCUGGCGCAUCGCUACGUGCAGCGCAAAGGAUAGCCUCGAGCCGCAGCCGGGGGCUGUCUGGGUGCCCGGGGGGGCGAUGCUGGUGCUGGAUAUCGACAUGGAAACGGCAGACAUGGCCUCGAUCAGCGACUACUUCACCGCCAAGCUGGGUACGGAGCCGCUGGACCGCGAUGGGCGCGGCUACGUCCUCCUCUACGUGGCCUACCGCGCGGGCCGCCCGUUCCCCGCCCCGCCCUGCGACGUGCUCGCCGCAUAUCAGUACGCCUGCGCGCACGCGGAAGAGCUUGGCAUCAUCCCCGACUCCAUUCCCAUCAUCGGCUGCAGCGCCGGCGCCAACCUGGCCUGGGCCGCCACCCACAUGGUUCUGGAUCUGGUCGCGCAGAAUCCCGAGGACCGCCUGCUGCGCGCCCCGCCCGGCUUCAUGUGUAUCUAUCCGAUGCUGGAUCCGUACACGGAUUGGGAAGAUACCGAGGGCGGCAUCGAGCAGGCGACGGCGGACCGUCUGCGGCGCGGCUGGAGGUCGUACCUCAAGUUCGACAACCUCGCGGAAGAGGACCAAAAGUACCUCAAGUACGCGAAGCUCCUGGAGCUGUCGGUCGAGGACCUCGGCAAGCUCGUUAUGCCCAUGCACAUCGACUACGGGACCCGGGACUACUUUGCGCAGGAGAUACGCGGGGCUAUCACCCUGUUGAACAAUGCCGGGGUCGCUGUCAGGCUGGUCGUGCUGGACGACGUGGGGCACGGUUUUGAGAUCUCCACGUUCAAAAAUGACCCGGAACACCCGGCGUGGAGAUUGGCGUGCGAGGAGAGGCGGUACUUCCUGAGGAGCCUGUUGCCUUGA